UUAGCUUUUCCCCAACAGCAGCAGCGACACGCACCACCGCUGUUGUUGCCCACCCGCUCGAGGCGACACUUUAGUUUUAUCGGGAGGCAUUGCUGCAACGCGUCUUCCGCCAAACCAUCGUGCUGCAUUGCCAGACGGACAGACCCUUUUUUGACCCGCGCAACUUGAAGGCCUCCUGCUUGCGAAGAACCGCCGCAUCAGCAGCAUGAGGCACAAGGAGCAAGUCCGCGUGGCGUUCCUCUUAGCCGCUGCGGCUUCACCAGCGGCUGCAUUCGGCUUCUCAGUCUUCAACCCUGCGUCUCACACGGUUGCAUCCGCAGCCGUGAGACGUGGCGGUGGUAUCUGGGGCAGCAGCAGCAGCAGUGCUAGACGUUGCGGCGGGCAGCAGCAGCGGCGGCGCUUGGGGAUGAUGAGCUUCGAGGCCGGGGACUUCCCGAGCGACGUGGGGGACGCCGCGGGGUCGUCUGCGGUGCCGGCGGUGCUGGCCGACGACAACCCCGAGCUCAGAGAGACUAUGAAACGCGAGGUUCUGUCCAUCGCCGCCACUUCCAACAGAGGCCAAGUAGCCACGCAGGAAGAAAAGGAUGCGGCAAUGGACCUGAUUUUUCAGCUUGAGUCUUUGAACCCAACUCCGGAUGCCACUAACGUCAACACCAUCGGGGGGGCGUGGGAGCUGGUGUACACGGACACGCAGCCAUUCCGGUGCUCCCCGUUUUUCAUGGCCCUGGGGGAGGUGUUUGGCGAAAAGAAGGGCCAAGCAGAGACUUUGUUCUCGCUGCACCGAGCCGCAACUUCAAACGGGGAGAUCGGCAGGGUCAGGCAGACCAUCAGCGAGUCUAUGCUGGUGUCGGAGAUUGAUCUCAAGGUGGGGCUGCUUCCGGGCUUGCCGAUGGCCCUCAAGGGCACCGUCGUCACGAAGGCACGGCUCAACCCCGUCAGCACCCUCAGAGGCAGCGUUCCGGAAGCGAAGCUGUCCACGUACUACCUCGACGAGGACAUGCGAAUCAGCCGAAUGUCCGACGAUCAUGUUUUCGUGUUCGUUCGGGCCCCAUGA